CGACACAUAAGUUAUCCAGUGAAAAUGGUAUUAACUGCUACAGAUAAUACACUCUUAAGAGAACUUCGUCAUCCCAAUAUUCUGCAAUUUCUUGGUUCAAUAGUGCAGGGUGAGGAGAUGAUUCUCAUUACAGAUUUGUCCAAAGGGAAUUUGGAAAGUACUUUGGCCAAAAAAGUUCGUCUAGACUUAUCAACUGUUCUUGGGUAUGCAUUUGAUAUCGCCAGGGGAAUGAAUUAUCUCCAUCAACACAAGCCCUUCCCUAUACUUCACAACCAUUUGAAUCCUGGAAACUUGUUGCAUGAUGAUGGUGGGCACUUGAAGAUUGGAGAAUAUUGGAUUCAGAUGCUGUAUCAAAGGAUAAACACAAGUCAAGACUUAAUCAUUUCAGGCCAUAUAAAUGGUAAUACUGUUGGCACAAUUAGCUCUCCAUCAAAUGACACUAACAAGGACAUCUAUUCAUUUGGUUUAAUAUUGUAUCAGAUGCUUGAAGGAUGGAACAUUGCCAGUAAUAAUGUUGACUUUACACAUGACAACUCAAUUGACUUGCCCAAGUUCCAGAUAAGUCGAUAUCCUGGAAGAGUGCAACAGUUAAUGGAGGAUUGCACAAACAAAGACCCCUUAAUCAGGCCUUCCUUUGCUGCUAUCAUAAACAUAUUAGAAGAAAUUUCGGAAGGUCUUGGAAAAGCUGGUUGCCCCGUCUGUUGAGCAAUGUUUUUAUUGAUGUUACUUUUAAUAAGAAAUUAUUUAUGUAUCAACCAUCUUAAUUAUUAAGAAAU